UGCAGUUAGAGUGAAGACAACCUGUGAAGAUGUCAAGCACAGCAGAAGACAUAUGUGGAGGAGUUGUUGCUAAAGACAGCAAAACAGCAACAGACAGGGCAGCAUGCACGGAGAACCUAACAGAGACUGAUGCCUUCAUCAGAAGUUCUUUGCCUUUGGAUCCUGCAGAGGAGUACAAGAUGGACAACAAACGACGAGGCCUUGCACUCAUCUUUAACCAGGAGCGCUUCAACUGGCGCCUGGGACUACAUGACAGGCCUGGAACCGAGGCUGACCGGAAAAACUUGGAGAAAAGACUGACGGAUCUAAACUUUGAAGUGAGGGCUUAUGAUGACCUCGGAAAGAAGGAUGUCGAAGAUAGAAUCACUGAGGCUGCAGAAGCCGACCAUUCAGAUGCAGACUGCUUUUUGCUCGUCUUCCUGAGCCAUGGAGAGAAAGAUCACGUUAACACCUCCGAUGGCAAGAUCACCAUUCAGGAUGUCACAUCCCUGUUCAAAGGAGACAAGUGCAGGAGCCUCGUAGGAAAGCCAAAGAUCUUUAUAUUUCAGGCAUGCCGAGGAGAUAAGCAUGAUGAUCCGGUUACUGCCUGUGAUGCAGUGGAUAGUGUGUUGAAGACAAAUGAGAUGGUGGUGAACGCCAGCAGUGUACACACUCUCCCUGCUGGGGCUGAUUUCAUCAUGUGCUACUCUGUGGCUGAAGGUUACUUUUCCCACCGGGAGACGAUCAAAGGUUCCUGGUAUAUUCAGGAUCUGUGUGAGCUGCUUCAGGAGUAUGGGAACUCCCUUGAAUUCGCAGAAUUACUGACGCUGGUCAACAGGAAAGUGUCGAUGAGGAGUGUCGAGAAAAGUAGAGACAGGAAUGCCAUUGGGAAGAAGCAAGUACCUUGCUUUGCUUCAAUGCUCACCAAGAAACUUUACUUCCGACCAAAGAAGUAACCAUUUUCAAGCUCAGUCAUAAAAUGAACUGGAUUUAUAUUACUCCUGAUAUUCACACAUGCAUUGAACAAUCAGCUAUUGGCAGUCUUAGUUUUACAUUGAAAACAAUAGUAAUAGAAUAACAGGAUUAACUUGUGUUACAUUUACAUUUUAUAAAUUUAACAAAUUAAUUUCUGCUGUGGUUCAUGCCAGGAAAGUUACAGAGCUUGCUUGUGCAAUAAGUUAGUGUAGAAAUGGUUGUAAAACACAGUAUGACCUGCAGAGGGCAAGAUAGAGCUCAUUUUAAACACUGUAAAUCUGGUUACUGCAAUAACCCUAACUGACAGCAAUUCUUUAAUACUGACUCCUAAAUACAAAAUCAAGCUGGUCCUGUAAUAACAUUAGUAGAUUUAUAUUGAUCUUUGAAAAUGUCCCAAGUUCUAUAUAUUUGACAAUCAAUAUUUAGAGUCUGAUAAAACCUCUUGCCACCUGGCUCUCUAUACUGCUGUGAUCGUGGAUGUUGCUUCGAGGCAUUGUAAAUUUUAUUCUCAACAAAUUAAUAAAGGCACCUUCUUUCAAAUCAGCUCACCUUUCACCUGUUGUGUGCUUCCUCAUGCUUUUCUUCUUUGGCUCUGGAUAUCAGCCAUACCUGGGCAGCCAGAGGGAGUCUUGUGUGUGUCAGUAUGAAGUGAA